UGAGGUUGGUUUGCAAUUGUGUUAAUCAAAAGAACUUUAUCUAUAAUUGACCAAAUACAUGAAUAUUAUGAUCAUGAAAUAAACACUUGAAGUUAUAAAGUAUUCUAUACCAAAAUGAACCACAACAUUGACGGUUAUUGGGAUCCGUGGUUAAAAGUAGAAAAUGAACAUGUUCUGAUUAAAAAUGCUGAAAAUUUUUUCCAACUCUCUUUUCACGUCGACAAAAAUCCAUCCCAAGAGAUAUCUAAAGAUGUGGAAGACAGUAAACCAUCUAUAUUUAUUCAUAAUCAAGAUAAUUUGCUAGAAAUAGUGGGCAUAGGCCCAUCAAUGAAUGAGACAUCAGAGCAACUCGAAAACAAUGAGUUAUCAAAUUCUUCUUAUGUUAUCAAUGAAAAUGGACAAGACACCAACGACAGAAACGACAUUUUUAUAAGUGAAGAGAUACAGAAAAAAGUCUGGGAGAUAUUUAAUUCUAAUACCACGACGGAUCUUGUAGAUGAUGGAAUAAAAUGUAAGAAUGAAUUUGGAAUAUGUGAGGAAAUUCCUGAUUAUCCAAGUUAUUUACUUGAGAAAGAGCUAGAUGCUAAUCCAGCUUUUCGAUAUUUAGAGGUGAAUGAAACAGAUAAAGAGAUCUCAGUGGUUAUUGGAAAUAGAUUUGGAGAACCAGAUUUUCAACCUCUUUGUCAUUCCAUGAGACAAUAUCUUCGACCAAAAUCUGCUCGAACUGAGCUUGAUGAAUUAUUAUUCGUUGUCAACAACGAGAAUUUUGUUCAGAUCAUUGAAGUGGAGAUAUGCAACAAUCAUCAAAAAACUUGUGAUUUUUCUGAAAAUUUUCCUGCGGGUUAUACAUCAGUAUGCGAGCAAAAGUACGUCAAUCGUAAACUCCUUGCCAUAGAUUCGUCGAAGAAGUUAAGUCCAAAAAUAUUCAAGAUACCUGCAGGAUGUUGUUGUGGAGUGAAGUUUAAUGAUGGUUUUUGACUUCCUGCAAGUGAAUAUUUAAUGAAUGAUUUUAUAAGAUAACUUUAUUAAAAAUAUCGAUUAUCGUCCCAGUA